GCGGAGCUUACGCAUCCGCUAGGUCGACGCCUCCGCCGCCGCCUCCGCUCAAAUCCACUUUAUGCUAGUGUGCCUCCGGCGAGGCCUCUCGCUCGUCCGGCAGCACACCCCCCGCUUCCUCCCCUCGCCGCCUCUCCGUCCCGCCCGCCUCUUCCUCCACCACCUCCCCGCCGCCGACGGGAUGGGUGAGAGCUCUGCAGCCGGGAAGGACGCGAAGGGGAAGGGGAAGGCCAAGGCCAAGGCUCCCGCCGCGGCUUCGGCCCUGGUCGUCACGCGCGACGACUCCUACCUGGAAGCCGUCACGCAGACGAGGAUCCGCAAGUUCGAGGAGAUCCAGGCAAGGCAGGCCCUCGAGCGGCUCAACAUCGGCGGCGAGCUUAUCAAGGUAACUCUACCUGAUGGCGCUAUCAAGGAAGGGAAGAAGCUGAUAACAACGCCAAUGGAUAUUGCUAAGGAGAUAUCAAGUGGAUUGGCAGCUAGUUGUUUGAUAGCUAAAGUGGACGAAACACUCUGGGAUAUGGGGAGGCCACUGGAAGGUGACUGUAAACUGCAAUUGUUCAAGUUUGAUAGCAAUGAAGGCCGUGACACCUUCUGGCACUCAAGUGCUCAUAUUCUUGGAGAGUCUCUUGAGAGAGUAUAUGGCUGCAAGCUGUGCAUUGGGCCUUGCACUACAAGAGGAGAGGGUUUCUACUAUGAUGCUUACUACAAUGAUCUGACAUUGAAUGAGGAGCACUUUGGUAUCAUUGAAAGCCAAGCUCAAAAGGCUGUUGCGGAAAAGCAGCCAUUUGAACGCAUUGAGGUCAGCAGGGCAGAAGCUCUUGAAAUGUUCGCUGAAAAUAAAUUUAAGGUUGAAAUCAUUAAUGAGUUGCCCGAGGACAAGACCAUUACAGUAUAUAGAUGUGGUCCUUUAGUUGAUCUAUGCCGUGGACCACACAUCCCGAAUACUUCAUUCGUCAAAGCUUUCGCCUGUCUGAAGGCGUCAUCAUCAUAUUGGAGAGGAAAAGCUGACCGCGAAAGCCUGCAGAGAGUAUAUGGAAUUUCUUUCCCUGAUUCUAAACGCCUCAAGGAAUAUAAACAUUUUUUAGAGGAGGCUAAGAAACGUGAUCAUAGGACACUAGGGCUGGCGCAGGAACUCUUCUUUUUCCAUCCACUUAGCCCUGGAAGCUGCUUCUUCCUUCCACAUGGUGCUAGGGUAUAUAACAAACUGAUGGACUUUAUGCGACAGCAGUAUAGAGAUAGAGGAUACCAAGAGGUGUUGAGCCCAAAUAUUUACAAUAUGCAACUUUGGGAAACUUCUGGACAUGCUGCAAACUACAAGGAGAAUAUGUUCGUUUUUGAGAUUGAGAAACAAGAGUUUGGACUGAAGCCAAUGAAUUGCCCUGGCCACUGUCUAAUGUUUAAUAAUAGAGUUCGUUCAUACAGAGAGUUGCCUCUUCGCAUGGCUGAUUUUGGAGUUCUUCAUAGAAACGAGCUUAGUGGUGCACUUACAGGUUUGACACGUGUUAGGAGAUUCCAGCAGGAUGAUGCUCAUAUCUUUUGCAGAGAGGACCAAAUCAAGGAUGAAGUUAAGGGUGUUUUGGAGUUCAUCAAUUAUGUUUAUGAGAUAUUUGGCUUCAAAUAUGAGUUGGAGUUGUCUACGAGGCCAGAGAAGUAUUUAGGUGACAUUGAAACCUGGAACAAACCCGAGCAACAACUGACAGAAGCCUUGAAUGAAUUUGGGAUGCCAUGGCAGAUUAAUGAAGGAGAUGGUGCUUUCUAUGGUCCCAAAAUUGAUAUUGGUGUGUUUGAUGCCCUCAAGAGGAAAUUUCAAUGUGCAACCCUACAGCUGGAUUUUCAGCUCCCCCUUCGCUUCAAGCUGAGUUACUCUGCCGAGGAUGAAGCCAAAAUUGAAAGGCCUGUGAUGAUACACAGGGCAAUCCUAGGAUCUGUUGAAAGGAUGUUUGCCAUUCUUUUGGAGCAUUACAAUGGUAAAUGGCCCUUGUGGCUAAGCCCUCGCCAGGCCAUUGUUUGCUCCGUAUCUUCUGGUUCAGUGGAAUAUGCAAAACAGGUUCUUGCCAGGCUACAUGAAGCUGGUUUUCAUGUUGACAUUGACAUGAGUGACAGAACAAUCCAAAAGAAGGUACGGGAAGCCCAAGUGGCCCAAUUCAACUACACUCUUGUUGUAGGUGCUCAAGAGGCAGAGACUGGAAAUGUAUCCGUUAGGGUAAGAGGUAGUGAUGGCCUAGCCACGAUGAGUCUUGAUGGUCUCAUCACACGUUUCAGGGAGGAAAUAGCAGCUUUCAAAUGAUAACGACGCUCCAUAAUUUGUUUCUCAAGUCAUUAACUCCCCAUUCGUGAUUUUGACUGAGUUUGUAGUGAAUUGCAUCAAAUUCUACGCUCACAGUUCAGUCCCGCACAAACAUGACUGUGUUCGAAGUUAGCCCCUACAAUUUUGCUGCUUCAGUUUCAGAAGCCUGGCUGGGUCGGUUUCAGAGUUUAUUUGCUCAACUCUGUAGAUGAUUGGCGAGUUCCUAUUUGGGCAAAGGGCCUGAAAAGAAUAUGUGGAGCAGUCAAGUGCCUACAAAUUAACAAGUAGGAAUCACGUGUUUAUGAACUGAAUUAACAUUUGGCAACGUUAGCA